GGAGUAACGCUGCCUAAGCUGAUGAAGUGAGAUCAGUGUGAAACCGGAGUAGGUGGGAGGAGAAUCAGUUUGGACCUGUGUAGACAGUGAUGGUGAGGGACUGAGCUUUUCCCUGUGAUCAUUAGGUAAUUUUAGGAAAUUAAAUUGAUCAUUUUCUGAAGUUUCUGGAGAGGGACCUACAAAAUACUGACUUCUGUCUGACUCAUUUCGUAGGUUUAGCAUUGAUCUUUGAAUGAAAAAUAUAUCUAUCUAACUAAAUGCUGAUGCAACUGGUCUUUAGUUUUUAUGAGUAUCCGUUCAGUGCAAAGCAACAAAAGUAUCACUCACAUUUUUUGGCUCUUAUGUUAGCUAAAGGGCAUAAUCACAUUUUCUUCUUUGAAGUAGCCAUUCACUUACUUAUUGAGGAGAAAGCAAGGACUUAUUUUUUAAAAUGAGCUUCCUUCAGCACUGGUACAGUCGGACAUGAUUUUUCACCUGGCCUCAGGAACACUAUCUGUAGGACAAAGCGGUUCUACGUCCUUGAGCAUUUGAGACGGAUGUGAGAGCGUUUUUAGUCCUCAUGCAAAACAACCAACUAAACAUAACAGAUUACAUCAGCUCAGGCUUUUCAAUUCCUGGAUGGCAGAGGAGUGCUAAUCCAACCUUCAUCCUGGAUUUCACAAACUAAAACAAGGAAGGCUGGCAGGAGGACAGCACGGUCGGACUGAGGAAAUUGACGACGGCGAAGCAUGUGGGCAACACACUGUAUAAAGCUCAUAAACUUGUAGGCUGAUGUGCAGCUACUACUUUGGAUUCCUCAUUGCUGCUUCCCUCAGCACAAAACCACAAGGCUGAACGUUAAACCUGCUCUUUGGAACUGAGCGUUUAUCACUGUGAGACAUGAAGAACUUCCUGUUUUUCACCAUCCUCCUGGUACCAGUGCACAUCGGAACUGCUUGGAGUGCAAAAUAUGCAGUUGAUUGCCCUGAACCUUGCGACAGUAAUGUGUGUAAAAGUACUUUGCGCUGUAAGCGAACAGUGCUUGACGACUGUGGCUGUUGCAGAGUCUGUGCAGCAGCCUUGGGGGAGACUUGCUACCGCACUGUCUCAGAAUGUCCUUAUGGUACCUAUGGAAUGGAAUGCAGAAAAACUUGCAACUGCCAGUCUGGUAUAUGCGACAGAGUAACUGGAAAGUGUUUGAAGUUCCCAUUUUUCCAACUUUCUGCUUCAAAGCCACCAAACAGACGAAAAUUAAUUUCACAUACAGAGAAUGACAUGGCAUCGGGGGAUGGUAACUCUGUAAAGGAGGAAUUUGUCAAAGAGAAAGUAAUUAGCUCUCCAGUAAUGAAAUGGUUAAAUCCUCGCUGAUAUUUACUUACAUUGGUAGGACUUUCAAAUGACCGCAUUUCUCACACAUUAUUGAAUAUGCAACAACACACUUUAAAAACAAAAUACAUCUAUAGCAUAUGAAAAUGUAACCUCUGAAGACCAAUUGUGAUUCUGUGCAUCGUCAGAAAAAAUGUUUACUUACAAAAUAGACUGUACAGUUUAUAUGAUUUUUGAUAUUUGUUUUGAUAAGUAUUUCAACACUGAAAUGUAUUAUGGAUUGCUGAAUGUAUAGUCAUAUUGAAAACCAGUACCUCCCCCCACCAGCAUUUGAACAAUGUGUAAGGGCCCAUUCCUGCAUUUCCCGUGCAAGAAAAUUCCUGUUGAAUUCAAUGGAUGUUUUGUGUGAGUAAAAGCUGCUGACGUGGAGCCAAUGUUAGGGUGAUGCAAGUUGGCAAAAGCUUGGAAAUGCAGAGUUAAAAACUGAUGUCCUUGACUCACACCAGUAAGAAUAAUACUAAUGUAAAGGGCACAAUGGUGUGAAUUCAAUACAUCAACCUUAACUUUGAAUAUUUUGGCUUUUGUUAGUUUUGUGACAAUUAAAAAGGUGUAACAUUACUUUAAGCCAACGGGUCUCAAACUGUUGGUUGGGACCCCAUUUUAAUGGGGUUGCCAGGCCAGCAUUAGACUUGCUGGGAGCCUGGGUUGAAGCCCAAGCCUGAGCUCCAUCCAGAUCUGGGGCAUCGGGACUCGGGCUCUGACCCCCUAAUCCCCCACCCAGGGUGGCGGGGCUUGAGCUCCAGCCCCGUCUCCCCCCACCUGUGGCAGCGGGGAUCUAACCCCCCACUCCCCCUCCCCAAGUCACAUAGUAAUUUUGUUGUCAGAAGGGGGUCGUGAGGCAACGAAGUUUGAAAACCGCUGCUUUAAACUCAUCAUUUGAACUUAUACAAUGUGCAUUACUUACCUGACAUUAUGUAAAAACACAUACAGUAUUAAAGUAUAUUCCCAAGGGUGGCUUUUGUGUUCAGUAGCCUGCAAUGGCCCUGAAGGAGUACUGGAGUAUCAGCAUAAAUAUGCAUUAUAAAUAAUCCAUGUCAGAGAUUCUGGAGACCUAGGAUAGGUCUAGGAUACCUUAGUGACUAAUUCUUCAUCCCCUUCUUAGUGCCUAAACUUUCAUCCCCUUAAGGGGUUGUAGGAGUGGCCAAUUGCUCAGUCAGUCCAUAUUUGGUUAUGUAUCAAUAUGGCAUAAAACAUCAUAAUGUUUAUAUAGGCACACCUUAAAACCUUCUUAUAUAAUAGCCAUUACUGCCCGUGUGCAGAAACCCAUUUGUAAAAAUCAAUACUUUGUGGUUUUUACUUAAAAAAAGAAAAAGACACAGAUCCUUAGAUAGUGUAAAUUAAUCUAGCUCCAUUUAAGUCAAAGGAGCUACUUUGAUUUACAUAUCUGAGGAUCUGGCUCAUAAAAUAAAUCGGUCUAAUUGGAGACCCAGUCUGGUUUCCAUUGAAAUUAAUUGUAGUUUUGUUAUUAACUUCAGCGAGAGAAGGUGCAGGCCAUACUGAUGGUAAUUUGGUGUAGGAUCUGAAAACGUAUGUAAAAGCACCCAAUAAAAGAAACCCGAAAUAGUUUCAGGGUUAUUAGGGACUGAUCACAACCUAUUAGAGUCAACCCGAGUCUUUCCAUUGACUACAAUGGAUUUUGCAACAGGCCCUAAAAGAACAAAAAUUAUAUUACAACAGGGAAUGUCUACAAAUUAAAAGUGGUUAAAUGGACAACAGUCAGAAAAAGAAACAGAAAACCAUGGCUGACAUACAACACCUUUUAGACUGCGCUAAAUUGUUAUGACUGAAGUAGGGAUUUUAAUGGAAGUGCUGUCACAAUCGCAACUACAGUGGUACAGACAGUACCUCUGUAAAAUGCUGUAUUGGUUUGAAACAUUUACAGGCAUCAGGGCUGAUCCUGUGGCUACUGAUGUCAGUGACAAUUUCUACAUUGACUUCAACGGGAACAGGGUCAGAGCCAUAUUCUUUAUUGGGCCAGAUAAAGUUAUUUAAAUGUCUUUUAAAUACUUACAUGCUUUUUUUUGUUAUUUCCUACAGUGUCAUGAAUGACAUUAUGGAUUCUUGAAUGUAAAUCUAAUAAGCUGGUUGGUUUUAAAAAAGUAUAUGUUUAUUAUUGUUCAAUAAAUCCCCUAUAAAACCAG